UCGAGGACGUGGCUGUAUACUUUUCGAGGGAGGAGUGGGAGUAUCUGGACUCUGGCCAGAGGGCCCUCUACCGGGACGUGAUGCUGGACAACUUCAGGAUCUUCGCCACGCUGGGAUUUUGCAGCCCCAGACCAGACCUCGUCUCUUGCCUACAACAGUGGGAUGAGCCAUGGGUUGAAGAUUGGGAGAGACUCGAGUCUCAGAAAGUACGGAGGGGUCCCUACCCAGGGGCAGAGAAAUCCAUUAAUCACAGGAGAUGCCGUGAUCGGCCAACUUGGGCUCACAAGAAAAUCCACAUUCAAGAAAGAGCCAAGGAAGGAAUUGGUUUUAGGAAGAGCUGUCUGAACUCAGGUAAUGUGCAGCUUCCUGGAAGUGCUUCAGAAAGGAAAGAUGGUAGGCCUGCAGCUUUCCAGUGCAAGGUGCGUGGGAAGUGCCAUGGGCAUCGGCCAGGCCUCGGAAAGCCCCAGAAGCGCCAUGCCUCUGAGCUCUCAUUCAUUUGUGGCACGUGUGGGAAGGUGCUGAGCUGCCACAGCCGGCUGGUUGCUCACCAGACGGUGCACACGGGGACCAAGUCCUUCGAGUGUUCCGAGUGUGGCCAGACCUUCAGGUGGGUUUCAAACCUUCUGCGCCACCAGAGAAACCACACGAGCGAGAAGCCCUUCCGCUGCGAGGUAUGUGGACAGGCCUUCAGCUUGAAAGAUCGUCUUGCUCAGCAUCGCAAAGUCCACACUGAGCACAGGCCCUACUCGUGCGGUGACUGUGGGAAAGCCUUCAAGCAGAAGUCAAACCUCCUUAGACACCAGCUGGUGCACACUGGGGAGAGGCCUUUCUACUGUGCUGACUGCGGCAAGGCCUUCCGCACCAAGGAGAACCUCAGCCACCACCAGAGGGUUCACAGUGGGGAGAAGCCCUACACCUGCGCCGAGUGUGGCAAGGCCUUCCGGUGGCCCAAGGGCUUCAGCAUCCACCAGAGGCUACACCUGACAAGGAGGUUCUACGAGUGUGACCGCUGUGGAAAAGGCUUCCGCCACCUGGGCUUCUUCACUCGGCAUCAGAGAACUCACAGGCACGGGGAGGUGUAGAGGUAGAGGUGCCAGGUGUGCAGGUUCUGUACCACUCUGGUAUUGGUUCUUGUUGAGGGGAGCUGCUGUAAGCAGUCAUGCUUUAUCUAGUUUGGAAAUUCAACCUGGAAAGAAGCCACCUCAGUGCUCAGAGCUCCCCAGAUCCCCCAGGAAGUUCUACAGGAAAAUUCCCACAUGGGAGAAGUGGAUCCACAAGUACACAGGGGUGACAGUGGCAGCUGCUCCCAUGGUGCUCAGCACCCUGGAGUGGCACCAAGAGCGUGUGCAGCCACAGAGCUCACCCCAGUCCCUGCUCAGAUCAGAGAAGCACCUGUCUUGUUUUUACUCUCCCGCUGGCCCACAGCGGUCUGGGCUCAGGCACUCAGCCCCAGCAAUGAGUGUCACUCGUGUGUCCUUUAACUCCUUUUCCUCCCAGCUCUUCGCCCCAUGUGCGCUGCCCAGCCUAUCUUCUCCUCUGUGUCUGUCUGCAAGGCAGCUGUGAGUGUCGCACAGAAGCAAGGCCCCUCCUGCAGCCUCACGAGGUGGGGCUCAGAAGUGAGCAGCUUUGUAAUAUCAAGCGCUUAUUACCGCAUUAAGGGAAGCUCUUAAUUCACAGCCACAGCUGUGAUUAGUGAACUCUGCUUGUGCGGCAGCAUCCAGUCUGGUGGCUGCGUAUGCAUGUGUGUUGAAACCACAUCGUCACAGCACUGCUUCUCUGGAGUGGCCUCUCUAGCUGAAACAGACUCUUGCCUAGUGGAUCUUUGGUAAAACAGGAUUGCAUCUUGCUUUUUAUUAAUAUUCAUAAAUGAGUGCAGGAAGGCUUUGCUCCCAGUAUCAUGUGACCACAGAGGAGCCUACAUGGGUUCUGGGCAGCCCUGUCACCUCAGAUCUGACCCCUUGCACCCAGAGCUGGGCUGAGCUG